GAAACACCGAAGACUCUCCUUGGAACAAAUUCUGUCUCUGUCUAUAAACUUAUCUUAUGUGCUUGAAAGCGUUCUAGCACCAAAUGAAAGUGUCAAUAAAACGGAGAUAGUGCAAAAACUGCAACAGCCGAGAAGGUCGUUUAAAAUCAGCGGCUAUUUGCUGUUAAAGAAGAGAAUCGCAGAGUCUCUGGAAGAUGGUUUAAAAGAAGAAAAGUGCUGGAUGCUGUUUUCAAGCCUGCAGUUCAUUCAUACAGUGCAGACAUGCAACAGCUGUUGGUGAGUAAAGAAGACAUUCUUGAGCAGCAAGGAUGGAAACCAGAUCUGGUCCAGAAUGACUCAGAGCCAUCAAACAUUAAAGAGAAACAGGAGGAACUCUGGAUAAGUCAGGAGGACAAGCAUCAUGGGCAGGGGGAGGCUCAUAUCACUAAAUUCCCUUUCACUAUUGUCUCUGUGAAGCGUGAAGAUGAAGAAAAACCACAGUCAUCCCAACUUGAUCAAAAUGAAAUUGAUGAGCGCACAGAAGUGGAACUUCAUGCCAGCAACUCACUUGAACACAGAGCACUGAAAAUAGAACCUAUUGGAGACGACCGUGGAGGAUCACAAGCAGCGGGCAGCUCAGGUCCAUGCAGACAUUUACAACCACAUACUGAUGAUGUGCAGCAUUUGUUGCUGAUGAAAGAAGAAAUUCUCCCAGAACAGCAGAAGUGGAAUCUGAGUUUUGACAAGAAGGGCACUAAAAAGGAACAAGAAAAACUCUGGAAAAGUCAGCAAGGAGCGCAGCUUCAUCAGGUGGAGGAGGCUAAUAUUACCAAGUUCCCUUUCACUUUCAUUGCUGUCACUUUGGAGACUGAAAUUGAUGAUAAAAAACCAUCAUCACAGGUUCAUCACAGCCAAAGUGAUGCGAGCACAGAGGCUGAGCCUGUAGCCAGCAGCUCAACUGUACACAAAACACUGACAUCGGAAGCUGAUGGAGAGGACUAUGGAGGACCACAAUCAGCCAGGAACUCUGAUCCAAAUAGUUGUCAACAAGAAACCACUGCUUGCGGCUCAGACAGUUCUGAAACUGAGACUGAUGACAGUCAUGAUUGUAAACAGACCAGAGACCUCAGUUCAGUAUUUAACUGUCUGAAAAGCAGCCAUGUCUCUGUUAAUCCAAGCAGUUGUGACAUUGCUAAGAUACAACAUAGUUGCACUGGACAUAGAAAAAUAUGUGGUCACAUGAACUAUUCAAAGCAACACAGAGGAAGGCAAGCAAAUGAGAAACCAUUUAAUUGCCCUGUCUGGUGUAAAAGGUGGAGACAAAACAAACAACUGAUGAUUCAUAAAGGAGAUAAACCUUUUGGCUGUUCUCAUUGUGGUAAACAAUUUGGACAAAAGGAUUAUCUGACCAGACACAUGAGAAUCCAUACAGGAGAGAAACCAUUUGGUUGUUCAGAGUGUGGUAAAAGAUUUGGACAAAAAGGCAGUCUGACCAGACACAUGAGAAUUCAUACAGGAGAGAAGCCAUUUGGCUGUUCUGAGUGUGGUAAAAGAUUCAGACAAAAGGACAAUCUGAGUAGACACAUGAUAAUUCAUGCAGAACAGAACCCUUUUGGAUGUUCUGAGUGUGGUAAAAGAUUUGGACAAAAGGGCGAUCUGAACAAACACCUGAGAAUUCAUGCAGAACAAAACCCUUUUGGCUGUUCUGAGUGUGGUAAAAGAUUUGGCUAUAGGACCAGUCUGAUGUCACACAUGAUAAUUCAUACAGGAAAGAAACCAUUUGGCUGUUCUGAGUGUGGUAAAAGAUUUGUAUAUAGGAGUAGUCUUCAUUCACACAAAGUAAGUCAUACAGAAAAGAAACCAUUUGGUUGUUCGGAGUGUGGUAAAGAAUUUGGACACAAGAGCAAUCUGAUCACACACUUGAGACUUCAUUCGGGAAAAAAACCAUUUGGUUGUUCUGAGUGUGGAAGAAGAUUUACGCAAAAGGGCAAUCUGAAGACGCACAUGAAAAUUCACAGAGGAAAAUAAAUUGCUGCUCCGAG